UUUAGGAAAGUGGAAUCAAGUCGUCUGUUGGUGUAUCCGCUGCCGCCGAGGAGUUCAGGACUGUUUCCCAUCCCUUCAAGAGUGCUUGGGACCAAACUUGAAACGCAAGUUUCAGGUUCCUUAGAGGGUGAAAGAUAAAGGAACUGAACUCCCCCUAGCCCAGUCUGCAGCUGGAGCGGCCAACCUCGACCGGGUUAAAACUCCCAGGGAGUCUUCGCUGCUCCCACCUCUGCAUCUUCCCCCCACGCUCCAACUUCGGGGUUUCCCUCAGGGCUGGGAGGUACAGCGGUCCCUGUUCGUUUGGGGUGUUGGAUGUGCUUCCCCGUCAGUUCCCGCGAACUUGGGGGCGGUCACUGAGCCCCGGCGCCCGAGCCUCACCCCGGAGGGCAGCGAGGGGCUACCACCAUGAUCACCAGUGUCUUCAACAUGCGAGUGUGGGCCCCCGUGGGCGUCCUGACCUCACUGGCGUACUGCUUCCACCAGCGGCGGGUGGCCCUGGCCGAGCUGCGGGCGGCUGGUGACCAGGGUCCUGCUGAUCGCAGCCUUCUGGAGCUGAAAAUGGUACAGGUCGUGUUUCGACACGGGGCGCGGAGUCCUCUCAAGCCGCUCCCGCUGGAGGAGCAGGUAGAGUGGAACCCCCGGCUCUUAGAGGUCCCACCCCAAACUCAAUUUAAUUACACAGUCACCGAUCUAGCCGGUGGGCCGAAACCAUAUUCUCCUUAUGACUCUCAAUACAGCAGGACCACCCUGAAGGGGGGCAUGUUGGCUGGGCAGCUGACCAAUGUGGGCAUGCAGCAGAUGUUUGCCCUGGGAGAGAGACUGAGGAUGAACUAUGUAGAAGACAUCCCCUUUCUUUCACCAACCUUCAACCCACAGGAGGUCUUUGCUCGUUCCACUAACAUGUAUCGGAAUCUGGAGUCUACUCGUUGUUUGCUGGCUGGGCUUUUCCAACGUCAGAAAGAAGGGCCUGUCAUCAUUCACACUGUUGAGGCAGACUCGGAAGUUUUGUACCCCAACUAUCAAAGCUGCCAGAACCUGAGGCAGAGAAUCAGAGGCCGGAAGGAGGCUGCUGCUUUGCAGCCACAGAUCUCAGUGGAUUUGAAAGAAGUGAAGGAAGAGAUGGGCCUUGACAGUAGCGUCGAAGUGGACUUCCUCAUUCUUUUAGACAAUAUGGCUGCUGAACAGGUACACAGCCUCCCGAGCUGCCCGACACUGAAGAGAUUUGCACAGUUGAUUGAACAGAGAGCUGUGGACACAGCCUUGUACAUGCUGCAAUGGGAAGACAGGGAAAGCCUUCAGAUGGCAGUAGGCCCAUUCCUACACAUCCUGGAGAGCAACCUGCAAAAAGCUGUGGACCCUGCCACUCCACCCAGCAAGAUCAGAAAGCUCUACCUCUAUGCAACUCAUGAUGUGACCCUCAUCCCUCUCUUAAUGACCCUGGGGAUUUUUGACCACAAGUGGCCCCCAUUUGCUGUUGAUCUGACCAUGGAGCUCUACCAGCAUCAGGAAUCUAAGGAGUGGUUUGUGCAGCUCUAUUACAAUGGAGAGGAACAGGUGCCAAGAGGUUGCCCUGACAAACUCUGCCCACUGGACAAGUUCUUGAACACCAUGUCAGUUUAUACCGUAAGCCCAGAAAAAUAUCACACCCUGUGUUCCCAAGCACAGGCUAUGAAAAUUGAAAGUGAAAAGUAACUGACUUACACAAACCAGUUGAUUUUUAAAUAAAAUACCUUUAUACAAUG